GAGGAGGAAGAGAAUUAGAGAGGGAGGAGGGGGAGAUAAGAGCAAUAAAACAGGUCAUGUGACUGCAGCAGUUUUUAACUGGCAGCUGAUGGAGAAACCACAGAGAGAGAAAGAGUGAGAGAGAGAGAGAGAGAGAGAGAGAGAGAGGGGGAGAGGGAACAGGUGGAGGUGUGGACAGGUAGAGAGCGUGCACACACUCUGAAGCUCACUUUACCUGUAGACCAGGUGAGAGGCAGAGAGGGGGGACAGAGAGGCAGGCUGGAUCCGCCGUAUGCUGAGGGAGUCCCCUCACCUGGAAAGAUGUACGUAAGCUACCUGCAGCUGGAUAAGGACCCAACAAUGUACCCUCACCAGAACCCGGUGACCCGCCACCCGGGCCUCAGCCUCAGUCCGCAGAACUUCGCGGUCCCUGCCCCGCCGCAGUACUCAGACUUCGCCGGCUACCACCACCAUCAUCACGGCAUCAAUAACGACCUGCACCCGUCUCAGCAGGUCGGCCCGGGCACAGGCGGCUGGAGCCCGGCUUACCCUCCUCCACCCACACGGGAUGAGUGGUCAUCCCAUCACUACGCGGCAGCAGCCGCGGCAGCAGCAGCUGGGGGCCCCCCGGCGUCCACCGUGCCCGGCUCGGUGGGUCCCACCUUGGGGUUCAGCCCACCGGAGUUCGCCGGGCAGCCGCCCGCGAUGCUGCCCGCCUCCCUUAACACAUCCUCGGGGCAGCUGUCGCCUGGAUCCCCGCAGAGGAGGAACCCGUACGAGUGGAUAAGACGCAGCUCCGCACCGCCCACCAACCCAAAUGGAAAAACGCGGACUAAAGACAAGUACCGGGUGGUUUACACCGACCACCAGCGGCUGGAGCUGGAGAAAGAGUUUCACUACAGCAAAUAUAUCACCAUCAGGAGGAAGGCGGAGCUCGCCACAUCGCUUGGCCUGUCAGAGAGACAGGUGAAGAUCUGGUUCCAGAACCGCCGGGCGAAGGAGCGCAAGAUCAACAAGAAGAAGCUCCAGCAGCCAGCUUCCUCCACGACCACACCCACCCCUCCCACCAACGGCAACGGCGGAGGAGGUGGUGGUGGCGGACUUCACGGAAACGGUGGGAACAGUGUCGCCAUGGUGACAAGCAGCAGCGGCAGCAACGGGCUGGUGUCCCCUUCCUCCCUACCUUUGAACAUCAAAGAGGAGUACUGAGAGAAAGAGACAUUUUAUUGGACGCUGAUGUCAGGGAUGUGGACUAAAAAACUUUGCAUGUCACAUCCCGCUCUCUUGUCAAACUUUCUGUCCACCAUCUUAAAGCUAAAAAGCUUGUUAAAAUUUUGAGAGAAUGUGGAUGGGUGACGUCACCGUGCAGCGAUAGUACAUUUGUUGUUCCUCGCUGUGAUCAGGAAAUUCAGCCUGUUUUGAUCACAUCUCGAGCUCUCAGGUGAAAAUAAAGUUCCCAAAGAUCCCAAAAUGAGGCACAAGACCAUGUUGAAUAUAUCCAUUUGAUGGAAUGAUACAGCCAUGUCUUGGGUGUGAAUCUUAC